GCCGCCGUCCCCAUGUGUGGAGGAUCCGCGGGAGCCCGUGUGGGGUUGACCCGGGGUGCGGGAACCGGCGGCGACACGCAGUGCCCUGUGUUACUCCGUUUGUUCAGGAGGUUUGGUCCCGCUUCAAACCUCUCAUUGACUUAGUUCUCCUGGGCGCACAGCGUGGGAAGCGGGAGCUGUGCUUGGAAACCAUUCUGGGCUUGCUGCAGAGCUCGGGCACGCGCGGCCUUUAUUGUCAGGGGAGACAGUGCUGACUGGCGGAGCUCUAGUUUCUCUGGUGUCUUCUAGAAGUUCUUCCCCUGGCCCUUGACAUUGACGUGUAGGAUCCGUCUGCAGUUAACUCUGCGCAGGUGUAAAGUCUGCCUUAUUAACACAGUCGCAUGUAGAUGCCACGGGGGUCCAGUCACGCGUGCCAGGAAGGCCAGCCUCACUGUGGUCCCCUGUCAUUGACCCAAUAUUAAUUAUGAUUUUGUUCUGAGUGCUCUCUCAUGUUCUGCUGAUCUCUAUUCUUUCUCAGCAGCACAGUCUUUAUUGCAGGUGUAGGGGAGUUUUGAAGUUAGAUGGUGUCACUGUGCUGUCUGUUCAGUCUUGUGUUGUUCAUGUUUCUGUUCAUGAUGACCUUUUGUCAUCGGUUUUCUGUUGUUCUUCGCAGAAAUCGUUAGACUUUUUGGUUUUCGAGACAGGGUUUUUCUAUAUUCCUGGCUGUCCUGAAACUUUAUUUGUAUUGCAGGCUGAGAGCUACACCUGCCUCUGCCUCCUGAGUGCUGAGAUUAAGGUUGUGCACCAGAACUGCCAAGAAAUCGUUAGAUUUUUUUUUAAAUUGGACUCUUUUGAAUAUAUAUCUAAAUUUGCACUGAAGUAAUAUUGAGGCUCCUUGUUCAAAAUUAUUGAAUCUUUCUCCGUUGACCAAGUUCCUUGAUUCUUUUAAUUAGAAAGUUAUAUAGUUUUGACUACAUGUUUGUCAUACUUUUAUGUAUUUCUCUGUAUUAAUACAUAUUUCUAUGUUCUGCAACAGAAUCUAAGGAUAAUUUUGUGCCAGCACAAAUGUGUUCUGAACCAAACCCAGGUCUUCUGCAAGAGCAGCUGCAGUGACCUGUGAGGAUGUGCACGUGAACUUCACCCAUGAAGAGUGGGCUUUGCUGGAUCCUUUCCAAAAGAGUCUCUACAAAGAUGUGAUGCUGGAGACCUACUGGAACCUCACUGCUAUAGGAUACAAAUUGGAAGAACUGAAGAGGAUGGAACUCUCUCAAUGCUCUAGAAGAUGUGGAAGACAUAAUAUCUGUCACUCUGGAUAUAAACCUUGUGAGCGUAAAGGAUAUGGAAAGAAGCAAUGUACCUUUGCAAGUAAAAGAUUUCUUCAAAUAUAUGAAAGCAUCCAUACUGAAGGGAAACCCUAUGAAUGUAAACAAUGCAGUCAAAUCUUUGCAAAUUUAUGUCAUCUUCAAAAACAUGAAAAAAAACAUACCAGAGAAAAACUAUAUGAAUGUAAUCACUGUGGUAAAGCCUUUCCAAGUCACAGUUCUCUUCAAAUACACAACAGAACCCAUACAGGAGAGAAACCCUAUGAUUGUAAGGACUGUGGUAAAGCAUUUACAUGUAGCGGUAAUCUUCUACAACACAAAAGAACUCAUACAGGAGAGAAACCCUAUGAUUGUAAGGACUGUGGUAAAGCAUUUUCAAGUAGCAGUAAUCUUCAAAUUCAUAGAAGAAAGCACACUGGAGAGAAACCCUAUGGAUGUAAUCAGUGUGGUAAAACCUUUGCAUAUAGCAGUGCUAUUCAAAAACAUGAACGAAGUCAUACUAGAGAGAAAAUCUAUGAGUGUAAUCAAUGUGGUAAAGCUUUUGCACGUCAUGGAAGUCUUCAAAAUCGUGAAGAACAUACUCUUGAAAAACCAUAUGAAUGUAGUCAAUGUGGUAAUGCCUUUGCAUAUAGCAUAUAUAUACCUGAAAGAAGUAGUACUGGAGAAAGGCCAUUCAAAUGUACUCAAUGUGGUAAAGCCUUUCCAAGUCAUAGUUCUCUUCAAAUACAUGAAAGAACUCAUACGGGAGAGAAGCCUUAUGACUGUAAUGAAUGUGGUAAAGCCUUUUCAAGUCGUAGUCAUCUUCACGAACACAAAAGAACUCAUACAGGAGAAAAACCCUAUCAUUGCAUUAAAUGUGGUACAGCAUUUGCGUAUAGCAGUAGUCUUCAAAAACAUGAAAAAACUCACACUGGAGAGAAACCUUAUGAGUGUAAUCAAUGCGGUAAAGCCUUUACACGUCGUGCUAGUCUUCAAGUACAUGAAAGAAGUCAUAGUGGAGAGAAACCUUAUGAGUGUAAUCAAUGUGGUAAAGUCUUUGCAAGUCGUAGUAGUCUUCGAUAUCAUAGAAAACACCAUACUGUUAAGAAACCAAAUUAAUCAGUGUGGUAAAGCCUUUCCAUGUUGCAGUCAUCUUCAAACACAUGAAAGGAAUCAUACUGGAAAGAAACUAUGAGCGUAAUCAAUGUGGACAAGCCUUUAUAUAUCACAGUAGUCUUCUAAAUCACAAAACCAAUGUCAUAUGGAGAGGAACCCUACAAAUGUAAUUGAUGCAGUAAGCUUUGGCAUGUAAGUAUAAUAUUCAGACAUAUCAAAAAACUCAUAGUGGAGAGAAACCUUGUGAAUGUGGUCAAGUGAUAAUGCCUUUGCAUGUUAUGUUCUUCAAAGGCACAAGAGAAUUCCUACUGGUUAGAAACAACCUGAAUCCAAUAAAUGCAGUAAGCCUUAUAUGAACAUUUUCCCCACUGAGUGAUCUCACAGGGAAUCAUGCAAGAUUAGUAGAAUCAUUUCAUCAUUAAAAUAUUGUCUUGUUUACAAAUUAUUAUCCAAGAAUAGAGGAACACAGAAUAAUUUGAACAAUAAAACUUACUUGCAAAUGAAAAUGAUAAUAAUACUGCCAUCAUGUUUAUGGUUUACUUUAUUCUGAGAAAUACUACUUGCUCUUAACAGUUUCUUAGAAGCACAAAUGCGUGACAGAUAAGUGUCUCAGUGACUAAAGUUGGUUGCUGCUAAGUUAAUGACCUGAGUUUAUAUGUAAUGUGGAAACUCACAUUACUUAUGGAAACUUUUCUGAUUUUUACAGUUGGGCUGUGUCAUAUGCUCACACACAUAAUGGCACAUAUAUACAAAAAAUAUUUUUGACAGUAAGUAAUAGCCAAUGAUUUCACUCAGUAGUUGAAGGCACUUGCUGCAAAACUGGGCUACCUGUUUUUGAUUGCUACAACUCUGUUAGAGGAAAUAGGGAAUAGACAUCUGUAAGUUGUCCUCUGACUUGCACAUGCACAAUAUAAGAAAGGUGUAUACACACAGAUAAAAAUUAUUAUAGAUGAAAGUAAAGAAAAUAACCAAAGUAUUGAGAACAUAAAUGAUUUACCAGUCAUAAUAAAUGCAUUCAAGUAUUCCAAGAAGUUUCUCUUCUCCAAAGAAUAAUUACUCCUGUUUAAAUCUUACAUUAUCCUUUCAUUCUCUGAUUUAAAGGUGGGUCAUUUUAAAAAACAUCUCAGCUGGGUGUAGUAGUCCAUGCCUGUAAUCCCAGCACUUCAGAGACAAAGUCAGGUGAAUUUUAUGAGUUUCAGGCUAGUUUGAACUACACAGUUAGAUCUGGGAUGGCAAAAAUUUCAAAACAAACAAGACCCAAAUACAUCAACAACAACUAAAAAUACCCCAGACCAAACAAGCACAUCUCCUAUUAUGGAAUCUUGUAAAAAUAUAAUCUCGAGGUAGUGAGUAUUUUGUAAUUUUGUUUUUGUUUUUGUUUUUUUUCAAACCACAGGAACAUUAUGGGAAUGUAUUUUUGUUUUAAUCCCAGGUGUGAGUAUAUGGAGCUUCUAUGAUUUUGCCUUAUAUGUGAUUUUUUUCAGUGGCAGAUAGUUGCUUCAAUCAUGUCAUGUGUGGAAUUCUGGAGACUUUUCAGAGGGCAUAUAUAUAUAUAUAUAUAUAUAUAUAUAUAUAUAUAUAUAUAUAUAUAUAUAUAUAUAUAUAUACAUGCUAUGGCUUCAAGAGGCAGUGUGGGCUGAUGGUUGGUAGUUGAAUGCUAUUGCUCAAAGAAACAACAAAUCAGAUAUCCUGAUGGCAAGAUCAACUUUGUCUCAAGGAACUCAGGACUCCUAAUCAGCAGGUUUACCGAAGUGUCAGGGCUACUGGAAAAAUUGCGGAUGGAGGUUGCAGCACUUGGGAAACUACACGCAUUGGAAAAGGGAGAACAAAAAGCCUCAGUCCAAGUGACUACACAAGACAGCAGGACUUUCUGACAAGAAUAAAAUGGGAAAGAAACUGCUCUGGAGGGUCCUCCGGUCAGAGAAAAGCUGAAAAGAAAGGAUGGCAGUCUGAUGAAACAGCUGAUAUCAAGAGAAAGGGUUAAUCUCAAAACAGUUGUGCCACCAGGGUGGGAGGCAGGGCAUCCUGGAGUUACAAAAUCACCAUCAUCUUUCCCAGUAGUCAUGUAGCAUAUGCCUUCUAAUAGGGUGAAGAAAAGUUAUGACAAGGUAGGAUAGAGUCCUGUUGAUGUCCUCAUCUUAUGUGAAACAAAUUCUAAAUGACUGCUCUACUCAAAAUAGAAAUAUACCUUUGCACAUGCUGAAAUCAAUAGUAUGUAUGAAUAUCAAAAAGUGAAAUAGUGUAAGGGGAAUGAAUAUAGUAAAAGACCAAUUGGUAGGCAAAGGGCAGUACUCUGACAUACAAGAACAAAAGCAAUUCAGUUCUGUUACUAUAGAACAAUGUUGCUUAGUGGAUUUAAGUCCUUUGGACAAAUGAUAUAAGAUAAUGAUUUAAGAAUGAUAUAAGAUCCACCUCAUUCACUGAAUUUCUUUUUUUCAAAACAAAUAUUAGUCUCAGCUGUAAAGAAGGCCCUAUCAGAUCCUGAUGUAAGACAGGUGUUGAUAGAGACCUUGGCAGAGGAAAAUGCAAAUACAGAAUGUAAAGAAGGUAUUACACCAUCAAAGACUUGGAAAGCACACAUGGAUGAGUGGAUAAAGUAUGAAACCAAUAUUGGUUCUAACUUGUAUCAUGUUCAUAGCAUAGAUAAAACUAUAGCUAGAAGUCUCUAAUAUCAAAAUGCAUCAAUUGCAUGAAAUACACUCAUUUGAAGAGAUGGGUACCAAGCCAUUAAAGAUCUCAGAUUACAAAAUGGCAGUGUGUUAAAUGCAAAAAAUAUGGUACUUGGCACAGAAUAAGUAAACAAGGCAUCUUUAAAGGUAAUGGUUUUUCUAAAUAUACACUAGAAGAAACAGCCUAGUCAUGGAAGUAUGUACAGGGAAGGUGGCAGGGGUUUACAUUGGACCAAUGCAAGCUUCUGCAGGCUGUGCUGCUCUAUACCUGGCCAUAGAUAAACAUCUUACUGUACCCACCAAAACUCAAUGUUAUAAAAUAUAUACUGGAGUUUAUGGUCUUUUGCCUGCCAGGACAGUAGGAAUGAUCUUGGAAAUGUGCAGAUUGACUCCUCAAGGAUUCAUUGUUCAUCCAAAAAUUAAAGAUGAAGAUUUCAAAAGAGAAAUUAAAAUUAUAGCCUAUGUGAAAACAGAGAUGGCAUUUAAUGCAGGUGGUAGGAAUUGCUGAGCUUCUACUGUUUCCCUACAUCAAAGCCAAAAUGGGUCAAGUAAAAACAGGAGGGUUGAAGUACUAGAAAACAUGUUCUGGGAAACAGUUGUUAAUGAUCAGAGGCCAAAAUUAAAAUUGCAAGUAAAUGGUAUUGAAAUAGUAGGUUUGGUGGAUACAGGAAUGUAGGGCGCCCUCCAGUGGUGAACAACGGUACUGCGCAUGCACAGGUUUUGCACUUGGUGUCAGUUGGCCAGUAAUAUGCUAAUGAGGGGCGGUACCAUGCUAGUGAGGUGAUUCAUUCCCCGCCAAUCCCCGGAGGACAAGUAGUGGGGUGAUAGUGGGAUGACAGUGGGGUGAUAGUAGGGUGACCCGUGCCCCACCAAUCCCUGAAGGAUUAUUAGCAUACUGUUGUGUAUAUAAGGCGAGCACUUUUGACGCUCGACGUCCCCUGUCCCCUGUACAAUAAAGGCUUGUUCGCAGAAGAA